AUGGUUUUGAGAGGUAUAUCAGAUAAAAGGAUGGUAGUGGGUGUUGUCAGAGUUCACCGUUUUCUGUGUUCACUCUCCUUUUGUCGCUCUCAACGUUCCUCCUCUCUCUCUCCACGACUAUUUUCCGCUAUGGCCGAAGAAUUUGUGAAGGGCACUGUUCAUCAAAACGGCGUCGCUGUCAUAACCCUCGAUCGCCCCAAAGCUCUCAACGCCAUGAACCUAGACAUGGAUGUAAAGUAUAAAAGUUAUCUUGAUGAAUGGGAAUCGGACCCAAGGGUCAAAUGUGUACUGGUUGAUAGCAGCUCUUCCCGUGCCUUUUGUGCCGGUAUGGAUAUUAAAGGGGUUGUUGCUGAAAUACAAAAGGACAAAAACACUCCUUUAGUGCCAAAGGUCUUCACUGCUGAGUAUUCUCUUAUAUGCAAAAUUUCUGAUUACACGAAGCCAUAUAUAAGCUUCAUGGAUGGAAUAACAAUGGGUUUUGGAAUUGGUUUAUCUGGUCAUGGCCGAUAUCGCAUCAUAACAGAGAGAACUGUUCUUGCCAUGCCAGAAAACGGAAUUGGUUUGUUCCCAGAUGUAGGUUUCGCUUAUAUAGCAGCUCAAAGUCCUGGGGAAGGAUCUGUUGGUGCUUAUCUUGGAUUGACUGGAAAGAGGAUUUCUACUCCUUCAGAUGCUAUAUAUGCUGGUCUUGGAACACAUUACGUGCCAUCUGGAAAAUUAGGUUCAUUCAAGGAUGCCCUUUUAGCCACAAACUUUUCCCAGGAUCCACAUCAGGACAUCAAAGUACUUUUAGCAAGAUAUGAGUCCAACCCUGAGUCUGAGGCACAGUUAAAAUUGCUGUUACCUCAGAUUGUAUCUUCAUUCGGAGGAAAUAAGUCAGUCACUGAAAUCAUUGAGGAGCUAGAUAAACACCAGUCAAGCACUGACCCUAAUGUCGUGGAGUGGGCUAGCGAAGCUCUCCAAGGCCUCAGAAAAGGUGCUCCUUUUUCCCUUUCCUUGACCAACAAGUACUUCUCUGCAGUUGCUUCUGCAGUGGGGAAGAAUGAUGAUGAACUAUCCACGCUCAAUGGCGUAAUGAAAACUGAGUAUCGUAUUGCCUUGAGGUCUUCACUACGAGAUGAUUUUUCAGAAGGUGUCCGAGCAGUGCUGGUGGACAAGGACCAGAAUCCACAAUGGAAACCAUCAAGCUUGGAGGAAGUUGAUCCGAAUAAAGUGGAAGCCGUCUUUGAACCAUUAGGACCAGAGGUUGGGGAGUUGGGAGUGUAA